AUGUCUGAUCAGGACAAUCAUCCAAAUAAAUUCAGUGAAUUGAGAAAUAUCAACAAAUACUAUAUCGAUUCAUACAUUGCACUGUACCAGUUAAAAACGACAAAUGAAGAAGAAUUAAAUCGUAUUUACAAAAUGAUCAAAACAGUAUUGAUUGAUUCCAAGAAAUAUCCACCCAAAAAGCUUAUUGGAGACAUUUUAGAUAUCAUUCCGUAUAAUAAUCGCUAUGCAAAGUCAUAUUUAUUUCUUGCCAAACUCUUAUAUGAUGAAUAUCAUGUGGAAGAAGUCAACAAUCACAUAUUUGUCUCAAAAUUCCUGUUUUAUAAAGAAUAUGGAAUUAUAUUAGACAAAUAUUUUGAUUUCGGAGAAUUUGAUUUUAAAAAUCUCGAUAUUCAUACAGAAGAUACAAUCUACAGAGCAAUUAUGAAUGAUGACAAAGAAAGAUUCAUCGCAUUCACUGGAAUAGAUGGGUUUGAUCAAGAUCAAAAACUUAUAAGCAGGGUAUAUCCAUAUUCUAACAAAGGAUAUUCAUUACUUGAAUUAUGUUGUUACCAUGGAGCAGUUGAUUGUUUCAAGUUAUUAAGAACAGAUUGUGACUCAGAAAUAACUGAAACAUGUCUAGCAUUUUCAUUUUUAGGAGGAAAUCCAGAGAUCAUGAGUGAAUGUUUGAAAUAUAAAAAACCAGAUGAAGAAUGUAUGGAAUAUGCAAUUAUUUCACACAACAUUGAUUUUGUUACAUUCUUGAUGAAUGAAUACAAUAUAGAGAUUGAGUUAAGAUGUUGUGGAUUGUUUCAUAAUCUUGAAUCAUUCUUAGUUUAUUUCGAUCAAACUAAUGAUUUAAACAAAUGUUUUGUUUAUUCACCGCAGUAUAAUAUUCCAUCCCUUGUCGAAUGUUUCCUUUCAAUUGGUGCAAAUAUCAAUGAAAAAGACAGCUAUGGUGAAACCGCCCUUCAUAUUGCAGCAGAACAUAAUAGUACAGAAACAGCCGAGCUUCUUAUUUCACAUGGUGCAAAUGUCAAUGAGAAAGAUAUAGAUGAACAAACCGCUCUUCCUUAUGCAUCACAUUAUAAUAAUAAAGAAAUAGCCGAACUUCUUAUUUCACAUGGUGCAAAUAUCAACGAAAAAGAUAAAGAUGAACAAACCGCUUUUGAUAUUGCAGCAUUGUAUAAUAGUACAAAAACAAUCGAACUUCUUAUUUCACAUGGUGCAAUGAUGCUGAUACAGUAUUAA